AUGGUGCACCGCCGCCCGGUGAUCAUCAGCCCUAUCUACCUCAACAGCCCUGCCACCCAAUAUUGGGUUGGAUGCUACAACGACAGUUUCUGGGAUGUGUACAGCGAAGACAACUUUGCCGAUCCCAGCUACUUUGUUAGCAUCGAUCGCCGGGCCAAGGCAUUCAGCGCAUUCAAGCAGUCGGCUGAAAGCGGAUUCGUCUCCUCGCAGUUCAACCUCGGCCUCUAUUACGAAAAUGGAAUCGGCACCGAGGUCAACCUCGAGCAGGCACUCUAUUGGUACAGCAAGGCGAGCGACCAUGGACACCCCGAGUCCCAGCGAAGGCUGUUUGUGCUUUCGUCCACGAAUGCCGUAUCCAACAGUGCCGAAGCACAGUUCCUUCUCGGCCGAUGCUUUGAGGAGGGCUUUGGUACCUCCGUCGACAUCAAAGCGGCUUUGCAUAGGUACCGCAAUGCCAGUUCGCACGGACACGCACAAGCCAAGAUUGCAAUCUUCAAACUUGUUGCGCGGGCGGCGCAGGAUGGCGCCACGACUCGCGUGCCAUACCUCGGAUGGUGCUAUGAGCACGGAGCCGGUGUUCAGAAGGAUGGCCAAGAGGCCUUCUGGGUAUACAAAUGUGGCGCCGAGGAAGAGGACGUCGAGUCGCUGUUCCAGCUGGCUCGCUGCUAUGAGAAGGGCAUCGGAACAACCAUCCAUCGCGAGAGGGCCAUCGGCUUUUACCAAAAGGCUGCGAGCCACAAGCACGAGCAGGCCACGCAGGCUCUCAAGCGCCUCGAUCCUACUGGAUCGCGCCGCACCAUGAGGAAGCUGGGAACCAUGCUCAACUUGCUGCCGUCCAAGUGA